AUGCUACCAGAAUUUAGAAGUGCUGGCAGGGCUGCCGGGCGGAUGUGGGCUGGAGCCAGAAAAGAUUCAGGGUUCAACCAAUUCUGGUUUUUAUUCUUCGCCACGGCAUCCUGGGCUCUAACCCUCGUUAUAUCUGUCGGAUGCAUGUCACCGUCAACUAAAGACUUUGCUCUUUUCUCGUUCAAUCCACAGAAGCUCGCGCAUCAACAUGCGAACACGACAACAGGCCGAGAACACUUGAAUGUGACGGUAUUUCCAUUUAUAACCCAGAAAGUCACGUACCUUUACACCAAUGCGACCAGUAAUACUACAUAUUCCCCUGCCUUUGAUACUGCAAUUUCAGUCUUACCAACUGUUUAUCGAAUCGGUAUGUCAGGAGUGUGUCGCGAUUACCUGGUUGAAAAGGACUACCUGGGUACAAACGGAUAUCAAGAUGGAAAUACUCGAUGCACCAGAAAUUUCCCACAAUCGCUUGAUCUAGCUGCGAUUAUUCAAUCAGAUAUUGAGGCAUCAGGAAUCUCUGAUGCGAUAUCUGACGCACUCCUGAUAUUUUUCACUUCGAUGCGAGCAAAUGACCACGCAUCAUACAUCAAAGCAAGCGCCGCAUUUACAGUUUUGUCACUGCUACUCACACCAUUCGAUAUUGCUGUUAUUGCUUUAUUAUACAACCGGCGUCGUGAUAUUUACCACACUGUCGCGGCAAGCAUCGCAAUCUUCGAUACAGUUCUUGUCGUCAUAGCAGCGACUCUUUGGAUAGUUGCAAGCUUCGAUUCUACGGAAUUAGAGUUCGUAACUUCCUCACAGAGCAGUGUUGAUACAGAUUUAUAUCCUAUGUCAAUUGGAUUAUACAUCUUCGGCGCCGCAGCUUUCACAAAAUUGCUCGUCUUACCGGUUGUUGCCAUUGUUGCGAUUAUUGUUUUAUUCUUUGCGGUCAUCAUCGCUAUUGCCGUUAGUUGUAUGAUUAUUUUAUGUUGUUUGAAAUGUAUGGAAAUAUGCCUGAGACCCGAAAGGAGGGUUGUAAUUGUGGAUCUGUAUUGA